CACUUUUAAAAGAGAACAUUUUGAAAGUUUCUAGUUUACAUUUCUAUAGUUAACUAUAGUUUACACGUCUUAGAUGGAUAUAAUGAUGGAUCAACUGGCCACAACAAUGCUUCCUGAGGUAUUUCCUGAUGGCCUUUUUCAGCAAGUAACAAUUCCGCAAAAUGCACAUAACAUCACCAACAAGACAGUAGGGCCAUGCCAACAUAGUAUAAAGACACAAAAGUUUAUUCACUUUACAUUGCUUCCUGCAGCAGCCAUAAUUGCUAUACUGAUGUUUUGUGAACAAAGGAAAUGGAAAAAUGAUUGCUGUGGAGGGAGACCAGGUUUGGCAAUUCCUCUUAACCUAUUAGAUGGCUUCAAACAUCGCUGGGAAUAUACACUAGCAUUUGGUGCAACCACCAACACUCUCAUCACAAUACUGUAUGGUGGAGAUUUCUUUGGAAAGAACUAUGGACCUAUAGACUACAUUCUAGUCACCAUGGUUGUGAUGUUGGAAAUGUCAUUAACUUUCUAUCCUUUGUUUGCCUGUUUUGCCACUGAAGCCAAAUUUGUGGGCUCCUUCCUGGGUGCACUUUAUGCCUUGAUGUGGUUUCUUGUCAAGAUGCUGCAUACAAUGGAGUGCCCAAAUCCUAGACCAAAUGUUAUGCCCUAUAUGCUGGUGUUUGUGCGAUGGCCUGAACUGCUGUGCCUCUUCCUUCUGAUUUGCUGCUAUAUCAAGAGAAUGAUCGAGGCUGUCAAGAUGGAAGAUGUCAUGCCAAACAAACCUGAUCUUAUAGCAGAUACAGUAGUUUAUCCCCACCAGAGAAUGCAUGUUAAAUUAUUACUAGUCAAACCUGAGGUUAAGCCUGAGUUAGAGCCAGGAUUUAAAGCAAAACUGAAAUCCCUCUACAUCCCAAGUCCAGUAUUUCUCUUUUCCACACGUAUGAUGUCAACUGUGAUUGUGAUUGCCUCAGUUAUAUACCAGAUUGGCAUUGUGUAUGUGUGGGUAGUAGGAUCACUUAUCAAUGGUCUCCAGUAUUUCACUGAUGCUAUAUUUGAGGUGAUCGCCAACAGUUCUAAGAUUGAUGUAGAGAAUAUCACAGAAGCUGUUAUUUUUGAGCAAGUCUAUAACACCAUGAGAAUUUCAUGGUAUGCAGUGACCAUCUCCAUUGUACUGCUGACAAUGCUCAGUCUUUCACACAUUCUCUUGUGUUACAGGGAAAACAUGAUGAAUCUAUACCAGGGGACAUCCAGAAGCCACUUGCUGAUAGAGUUUACACCUACAUCAUCUGAAAUAGCUGCAAAUGGUAUAAAGUAUGCUGGGUAUCAGAUAGCCUACAUGGUGUGGGGAUUUUUUCUCCAGCAUAUCAUACUGUGGCUGUUCAUAGUGAUUGUUGCUGGGCUGUUCAUUAUACCUGCUAUUCAUAAAAUCUACGGACCUUUGCAGGGACUCUUCCAAAUACUCAUCGGACCUUUUAUCUUGAGUACGAUAUUAUACUAUGGCCAGAUCCUUAUGGUUCAUUUUUUCUUCCUGCAGCCGAAGUUAGAAGAAGAAGAUGAACACAAACCUCUUGCAGUUAGAAACAGGAAAUGGUAUCACAUAUUCUCCUACUACUUAUUUCUGUUCAACCUUCCCCUUGGCUUGUUCUCUGCCCUGGUUAGGAUAGGCAAGGGUAUCCUUUUUGGCCUCCUUAUGCUGGGAAGGGUCGAUAGGUGUGCUCUCAUGCCAGACUUUGAAACAUAUGAUAAAGGCUACAUGGCUUACAUUGGUAUGAUCCACAUGGACUACACUCACAACCAUCCUGUUCUGCGUGUAUUUUGUCAACUGCUCAUGGAUGCCACCUUAAGGAGAACCAGCGUAGAAGAUGAUGAGAGCGAAUGUGUGGGAGUCAGAUACACAGAUGCCAAGACAGAAGCGCAGCUAAGAUCUGUAAGAAUAAGACGACGUUGGCAAAUUGCUUAUACAAUGAUUAACAAUCCUGAAAUCACAAUCCUGAGACAUCAUGCACACAAUAAUGAGGAUCACAAUCAAGCCUCAAAGUCUGAUAAAAUAGAGCGAUAUCGACUUUUAAGAAAUAAAACCACUCAUACAAAACUCUCCUCUGAAAAGAAAUAUCUUGAGUCAGGUCAAACAGAUACAAACAAUAAACUGAAUGGAUCUGAGGUCUCUGAGUCGACCGCUGCACCUGUGAAAGAUGUGGUACUUUCAGACAUUGAACUAGAUGAUCAUGCAAGUGUGGAGGCCACUAAAAAAGGACUAAAGUCAAAAGUCAAGGCCAGUACUGCAGUGAAUGAGGUUAAUGCUUUAUUAGGUGAAAUGUCAAAACCAGUCAAAAAUGGUGUCACCGUUGUCCAGAUGUAA